AUUUGCUUUUUGCUUCGCGUAGGGUGCAAGCCGAGCUGAAGCGAUUUCGAAUGUGGUGGAAGGAGGGCUCUGGGAAGGGCUGGGCUCAGGCUUUCUCCGUCCGGUAAAGGUUCUCGCGGGAUUUUGUGAAGGCGGCAGCGGUUCGGCUAUUGACUGCAGCAGCCGCGAAGGCGGUGGUAGCAGUUUUUGGCUCGCGUGGUUUUUGGUCCUCCACUAGCCUGACCUGAGUGGGUUAGUGCUCCAGAGAAACCAGCAAACAGACCAAGUUGGUUGGGAAGGUACAGAAACCUAUUGGAGCAGUGUUGGGAUUUCCCAUCAGGAUGAGUAUGAUUGGCUGUGAUUUUAGAUCGUAAAGCGGAAAAUUGAAAACAUGAAAGUAGACAGAACCAAACUGAAAAAGACACCUACUGAAGCUCCUGCAGAUUGCAGAGCCUUAAUAGACAAACUCAAAGUUUGUAAUGAUGAGCAACUCCUCUUGGAACUACAGCAAAUCAAAACAUGGAACAUUGGAAAGUGCGAGUUAUAUCACUGGGUAGACCUGUUGGACCGCUUCGAUGGCAUUCUGGCAGAUGCUGGACAAACAGUGGAGAAUAUGUCAUGGAUGCUUGUAUGUGAUAGGCCAGAAAGAGAGCAGCUGAAAAUGCUUCUCUUGGCUGUGUUGAACUUCACAGCCUUGCUUAUUGAGUACAGCUUUUCCCGGCAUCUGUACAGUUCCAUAGAGCAUUUGACAACUUUAUUGGCUUCCUCUGAUAUGCAAGUGGUGCUGGCAGUCCUUAACCUUCUAUAUGUAUUUAGCAAAAGAUCAAACUACAUCACACGUCUUGGAUCUGACAAGAGAACCCCACUACUAACACGACUACAACAUCUGGCAGAGAGCUGGGGUGGAAAGGAGAAUGGAUUUGGACUUGCAGAAUGUUGCAGAGACUUGCAUAUGAUAAAAUACCCACCCAGUGCAACUACACUACAUUUUGAAUUCUAUGCAGACCCUGGGGCUGAAGUCAAAGUCGAGAAAAGGACACCUAGUAAUACACUACAUUAUAUUCAUAUAGAACAACUUGACAAGAUUUCAGAAAGCCCUUCUGAAAUCAUGGAAUCUCUUACCAAAAUGUACAACAUUCCUAAGGAUAAACAGAUGCUGUUAUUUACACACAUACGGCUGGCCCAUGGCUUUUCUAAUCACAGGAAGCGAUUGCAAGCUGUUCAGGCCAGACUGCAUGCAAUAUCUAUAUUAGUGUAUUCCAAUGCCCUGCAGGAAUCUGCAAACAGUAUCUUGUAUAAUGGCUUAAUAGAGGAGCUGGUAGAUGUCCUUCAGAUAACAGAUAAGCAGCUUAUGGAGAUUAAAGCUGCUUCUUUAAGAACAUUAACAUCAAUUGUCCAUUUGGAGAGGACUCCCAAACUGAGCAGUAUUAUUGACUGUACUGGAACUGCCUCCUACCAUGGUUUUUUGCCUGUACUUGUACGGAACUGUAUUCAGGCCAUGAUUGAUCCCUCUAUGGAUCCAUACCCUCACCAGUUUGCCACUGCUCUCUUUUCUUUUUUAUACCAUCUGGCCAGCUAUGAUGCUGGUGGUGAAGCCUUGGUCUCCUGUGGAAUGAUGGAAGCCUUACUGAAGGUCAUAAAGUUUCUUGGUGAUGAACAGGACCAGAUAACAUUUGUCACCAGAGCCGUCAGAGUCGUUGACCUCAUCACCAACCUGGACAUGGCAGCUUUUCAGUCCCAUAGUGGACUUUCUAUCUUCAUUUAUAGACUUGAGCAUGAAGUAGAUUUGUGCCGGAAAGAAUGCCCAUUUGUGAUCAAGCCAAAGAUCCAGAGACCUAGUACUACUCAAGAAGGAGAAGAAAUGGAAACUGAUAUGGAUGUUGCAGAUGUGACUAUGGAAAGCAGUCCAGGCUCAUCCAUAUCUUUGGAGCACCGGCUGGAUGUUGAAUUAAGGGCAUCAAGUUCCAACAGCAGCAAUAGCAUCUCUGGCCCUGGACCUGGACCUGGACCUGGACCUGGACCUGGACCUGGACCUGGACCUGGACCUCGUCCUGGAGUUCAGUGUAUUCCACAACGAGCAGCACUUCUCAAAUCCAUGUUGAAUUUCCUCAAGAAGGCCAUUCAAGAUCCUGCUUUCUCAGAUGGCAUACGACAUGUUAUGGAUGGCUCUCUGCCUACCUCCCUGAAGCAUAUCAUCAGUAAUGCAGAAUAUUAUGGCCCAUCCCUCUUCCUCUUAGCUACUGAAGUGGUGACUGUGUUUGUAUUUCAAGAACCAUCAUUGCUCUCCUCACUCCAGGACAAUGGGUUAACGGAUGUCAUGCUACAUGCACUGCUUAUCAAAGAUGUGCCUGCUACCCGUGAAGUCCUUGGCUCCCUCCCAAAUGUAUUUAGUGCUCUCUGCCUCAAUGCCCGGGGUCUUCAGUCUUUUGUACAAUGUCAGCCAUUUGAACGUCUCUUCAAAGUUCUUCUGUCUCCAGAUUACCUCCCAGCCAUGCGGAGGAGGAGGAGUUCUGAUCCCCUUGGGGAUACUGCAUCCAACCUGGGGAGUGCUGUCGAUGAGCUUAUGAGACAUCAGCCCACCCUCAAGACAGAUGCAACAACUGCCAUCAUAAAGUUACUUGAAGAAAUCUGUAAUCUUGGAAGGGAUCCUAAAUAUAUCUGUCAGAAGCCAUCGAUUCAAAAAGCUGAUGGCACUGCCACUGCUCCUCCUCCAAGGUCUAAUCAUGCUGCAGAAGAAGCCUCUAGUGAGGAUGAGGAAGAGGAGGAAGUACAGGCUAUGCAGAGCUUCAAUUCUACCCAGCAGACUGAAACUGAGCCUAAUCAGCAGGUUGUUGGUACAGAAGAACGUAUUCCGAUUCCACUCAUGGAUUACAUCCUGAAUGUGAUGAAAUUUGUGGAGUCUAUUCUGAGCAACAAUACAACAGAUGACCACUGCCAGGAAUUUGUGAACCAGAAGGGACUCCUGCCUUUGGUUACAAUUUUGGGUCUUCCCAACCUGCCAAUUGACUUUCCCACAUCUGCUGCCUGUCAGGCUGUUGCAGGUGUCUGCAAGUCCAUAUUGACACUGUCACAUGAACCUAAAGUUCUUCAGGAGGGUCUCCUUCAAUUGGACUCCAUCCUUUCUUCCUUGGAGCCUUUACACCGCCCCAUUGAAUCCCCUGGGGGCUCAGUGUUGUUGCGAGAACUGGCAUGUGCUGGAAAUGUUGCUGAUGCUACCCUCUCAGCUCAAGCCACACCUCUGCUACACGCACUCACUGCUGCCCAUGCUUACAUCAUGAUGUUUGUUCAUACUUGCAGAGUUGGACAGAGUGAAAUUCGUUCCAUCUCCGUAAAUCAGUGGGGUUCUCAGUUGGGUCUGAGUGUUCUGAGCAAGCUGAGCCAGUUAUACUGUUCUCUAGUGUGGGAAAGCACUGUCCUCCUCUCUCUGUGUACUCCAAACAGCCUACCAUCUGGGUGUGAAUUUGGCCAGGCAGAUAUGCAGAAACUGGUUCCAAAGGAUGAGAAGGCAGGUACGACCCAGGGCGGAAAAAGAUCAGAUGGAGAACAGGAUGGAACAGCUGGUAGUAUGGAUGCUUCUACCCAAGGAUUAUUGGAAGGGAUUGGUCUAGAUGGUGACACGUUGGCUCCUAUGGAGACAGAUGAACCUGCUUCAGACUCUAAAGCCAAAUCUAAAAUCACUCCAGCCAUGGCUGCCAGAAUUAAGCAAAUCAAGCCCUUGUUGUCAGCUUCCUCCCGGUUAGGACGGGCACUUGCUGAACUAUUUGGACUCCUUGUUAAACUUUGUGUGGGGUCACCUGUUCGCCAAAGAAGGAGCCACCAUGCUGCCAGCACCACAACAGCACCAACACCUGCUGCUCGAUCAACAGCCUCAGCCCUCACUAAACUCCUCACAAAGGGAUUAUCUUGGCAGCCCCCACCAUAUACACCUACUCCCCGCUUCAGGCUGACAUUCUUCAUCUGUUCAGUUGGUUUCACCUCUCCAAUGCUGUUUGAUGAGAGGAAGUAUCCCUAUCAUCUCAUGCUGCAGAAAUUUCUCUGCUCUGGAGGCCACAAUGCACUUUUUGAAACCUUCAACUGGGCUCUUUCCAUGGGAGGCAAAGUUCCUGUGUCAGAGGGAUUAGAACAUUCAGACUUACCUGAUGGCACAGGAGAAUUCUUAGAUGCCUGGCUUAUGCUUGUGGAAAAGAUGGUGAAUCCUACCACGGUGCUUGAAUCUCCACAUUCACUGCCUGCCAAAUUGCCUGGAGGUGUCCAAAAUUUUCCACAAUUCAGUGCCCUCCGCUUCCUUGUGGUAACUCAGAAGGCAGCCUUUACUUGCAUCAAGAACUUAUGGAACAGGAAACCUUUGAAGGUAUAUGGUGGCCGAAUGGCAGAAUCAAUGCUAGCCAUUCUUUGCCAUAUCCUCCGAGGAGAACCUGUGAUUAGAGAGAGACUGAGCAAGGAGAAAGAAGGGCCUCGUGGAGAAGAGGAUACAGCGCAAGAGGAAGGUGGCUCUCGCCGGGAACCUCAAGUCAACCAGCAACAGCUGCAACAGCUCAUGGACAUGGGUUUUACAAGAGAACAUGCCAUGGAGGCCUUGUUGAACACUAGCACCAUGGAGCAGGCUACAGAAUACUUGCUAACCCACCCUCCUCCCAUUAUGGGAGGAGUUGUUCGGGAUCUGAGUAUGUCUGAAGAGGACCAAAUGAUGAGAGCCAUUGCCAUGUCUCUAGGACAGGAUAUUCCAAUGGAUCAAAGGGCAGAGUCACCUGAGGAAGUUGCUUGCCGCAAGGAGGAAGAGGAACGGAAAGCUCGUGAAAAACAGGAAGAAGAAGAGGCUAAAUGUCUUGAGAAGUUUCAGGAUGCUGACCCAUUAGAACAAGAUGAGCUCCACACUUUCACUGAUACCAUGUUGCCAGGCUGCUUCCACCUUCUUGAUGAAUUGCCAGACACAGUGUACCGUGUAUGUGAUCUGAUCAUGACUGCCAUCAAACGAAAUGGAGCAGAUUAUCGUGACAUGAUUCUGAAGCAAGUAGUCAAUCAGGUGUGGGAAGCUGCAGAUGUGUUGAUCAAAGCUGCUCUUCCUCUGACAACAAGUGACACAAAAACUGUGUCAGAGUGGAUCAGUCAAAUGGCCACAUUGCCCCAGGCCUCCAAUUUGGCUACUAGAAUCUUGCUUUUAACUCUACUGUUUGAGGAGUUGAAACUGCCUUGUGCUUGGGUAGUUGAAUCAAGUGGCAUCCUUAAUGUUCUAAUCAAGCUCUUAGAAGUGGUUCAGCCCUGUCUACAGGCUGCCAAGGAACAAAAAGAGGUUCAGACUCCCAAGUGGAUCACUCCAGUGUUGCUACUGAUUGAUUUCUAUGAAAAGACUGCUAUCUCCUCAAAGAGGAGAGCCCAGAUGACUAAGUACCUACAGUCCAACAGUAACAACUGGCGCUGGUUUGAUGACCGCUCUGGGCGCUGGUGUAGUUACAGUGCAAGCAACAACAGCACUAUUGAUUCUGCCUGGAAAUCUGGAGAGACAAGUGUACGAUUCACUGCAGGCCGAAGAAGAUACACUGUCCAGUUCACUACAAUGGUGCAGGUUAAUGAGGAAACAGGAAAUCGACGGCCUGUGAUGCUAACUCUCCUCAGGGUACCACGACUGAAUAAAAAUUCAAAAAACAGCAAUGGCCAAGAACUAGAGAAGACUCUGGAAGAAUGCAAAGAAAUGGAUAUCAAACGUAAAGAAAAUAAAAGCAAUGAUCCUCCCUUGACCCUGGAGAUCACAAACACUGAAAAAGAAGCAAGCCUGGAAGAAACAAAAAUUGGAGAGAUGCUGAUCCAGGGCCUGACAGAGGAUAUGGUGACUGUUUUAAUACGGGCUUGUGUGAGCAUGCUGGGAGUCCCUGUGGACCCAGACACUUUGCAUGCCACCCUUCGCCUCUGCCUGAGGCUCACCCGGGACCACAAAUAUGCCAUGAUGUUUGCAGAACUGAAAAGUACCCGUAUGAUCUUGAAUUUGACCCAGAGCUCAGGUUUCAAUGGAUUUACUCCCCUAGUCACCCUUCUCUUACGACACAUCAUUGAGGACCCCUGCACCCUCCGUCAUACUAUGGAAAAGGUUGUUCGCUCAGCAGCUACAAGUGGAGCUGGAAGCACUACCUCUGGUGUUGUAUCUGGCAGCCUAGGCUCUCGGGAGAUCAACUACAUCCUUCGUGUUCUUGGGCCAGCUGCAUGCCGUAAUCCAGACAUAUUCACAGAAGUGGCAAACUGCUGUAUCCGCAUUGCUCUUCCAGCCCCUCGAGGAUCAGGAACUGGCAAGUAUAACGUCUUUGACAGACCAUUUGGGCCAGUCACUUCAAAAGCUUCAGAUGAUGAAUUUGAGAAUCUUAGGAUUAAAGGUCCUAAUGCUGUACAGCUGGUGAAAACAACCCCUUUGAAGCCUUCAUCUCUACCUGUCAUUCCCGAUACAAUCAAGGAAGUGAUCUAUGAUAUGCUGAAUGCUCUGGCUGCAUACCAUGCCCCAGAGGAAGCAGACAAAUCGGAUCCUAAACCUGGGGGUAUGACCCAGGAAGUUGGCCAGCUCUUACAAGACAUGGGUGAUGAUGUAUACCAGCAGUACCGGUCACUUACACGUCAUAGCAGUGACUUUGAUACACAGUCAAGUUUUUCCUUAAAUACGCAGGUUUUUGCUGCAGAUGGUACAUCUGGGGAGACUUCUACAGCUGGGACCUCCCAAGGAGAGGGAGCUUCAACUCCAGAAGAGUCUCGGGAUGGGAAGAAAGAUAAAGAAGGGGAUCGGGCCUCUGAGGAAAAUAAGCAGAAAGGCAAGGGCAGCAAACCUUUAAUGCCUACCUCCACUAUCCUUCGUCUUCUGGCAGAGUUGGUGAGGUCCUAUGUUGGCAUUGCUACCCUAAUUGCAAACUACAGCUACACUGUGGGCCAGUCUGAACUGAUCAAAGAGGAUUGCAGUGUACUAGCCUUUGUUCUGGACCACCUCCUCCCACACACCCAAAAUGCAGAGGACAAGGACACACCUGCCCUGGCCCGUCUAUUCCUCGCAAGCCUGGCUGCUGCAGGGAGUGGUACAGAUGCUCAGGUUGCCUUAGUCAAUGAAGUAAAAGCAGCCCUGGGACGGGCAUUGGCUAUGGCUGAGAGUACAGAGAAACAUGCCAGGCUUCAGGCAGUGAUGUGUAUCAUCAGUACUAUCAUGGAGUCCUGCCCCUCCACCUCCAGCUUCUACAGCAGUGCCACAGCUAAGACUCAGCACAAUGGCAUGAACAACAUCAUUCGACUCUUCCUAAAGAAAGGACUGGUUAAUGACCUGGCCAGAGUACCUCACAGCCUAGACCUGUCUAGUCCCAACAUGGCCAACACAGUCAAUGCUGCUCUGAAGCCUUUAGAAACACUUUCCCGAAUUGUGAACCAGCCUAGUAGCCUUUUUGGCAGCAAGAGUGCUUCUAGCAAGAGCAAGUCUGAACAGGAUGCCCAAGGAGUUUCUCAGGACUCCAGUAGCAACCAGCAAGACCCAGGCGAGCCUGGGGAAGCAGAAGUGCAGGAGGAGGAUCAUGAUGUCACUCAGACAGAGGUGGCAGAUGGGGAUAUCAUGGAUGGGGAGGCUGAAACCGACUCAGUGGUGAUUGCUGGGCAGCCUGAGGUGCUCAGUUCACAAGAGAUGCAGGUUGAGAAUGAGCUGGAGGACCUGAUAGAUGAGUUGCUUGAGAGGGAUGGCGGAUCUGGGAACAGUACGAUUAUAGUGAGCAGAAGUGGAGAGGAUGAAUCACAAGAGGACGUGCUGAUGGAUGAAGCUCCUUCCAACCUCAGCCAAGCUUCCACCUUACAGGCCAACCGAGAAGAUUCCAUGAAUAUCCUGGACCCUGAGGAUGAGGAGGAGCACACUCAGGAAGAGGACAGCAGUGGCAGUAACGAGGAUGAGGAUGAUAGUCAGGAUGAAGAGGAGGAGGAGGAGGAAGAUGAGGAAGAUGAUCAGGAGGAUGAUGAAGGUGAAGAGGGAGAUGAAGAUGAUGACGACGAUGGCUCUGAGAUGGAAUUGGAUGAGGAUUACCCUGAUAUGAACGCUUCUCCCUUGGUCCGAUUUGAGCGCUUUGACCGGGAGGAUGAUCUCAUCAUUGAGUUUGACAACAUGUUCUCCAGUGCUACAGACAUCCCCCCAUCCCCAGGAAAUAUCCCUACAACCCACCCAUUGAUGGUACGCCAUGCAGAUCACAGUUCUCUGACACUGGGCAGUGGCUCCUCCACAACUCGUCUCACUCAGGGCAUCGGACGCAGUCAGAGGACUCUUAGGCAACUGACAGCUAAUACAGGCCACACCAUCCAUGUUCAUUACCCUGGGAAUCGUCAGCCCAACCCUCCUCUUAUACUCCAGAGGUUGCUUGGUCCCUCUGCUGCUGCUGACAUCCUUCAGCUAAGCAGCAGCCUUCCCUUACAAAGCCGAGGCCGAGCCCGCCUCCUGGUAGGCAACGAUGACGUCCACAUCAUUGCCCGGUCUGAUGACGAACUGCUAGAUGACUUUUUUCAUGACCAGAGCACAGCUACCAGUCAAGCAGGAACCCUGUCCAGCAUCCCUACAGCCUUGACCCGCUGGACAGAGGAAUGCAAGGUUCUUGAUGCUGAGAGCAUGCACGACUGUGUUUCAGUGGUUAAAGUUCCCAUUGUCAAUCACCUGGAAUUUCUGAGGGAUGAGGAGCUGGAAGAAAGGCGGGAGAAACGCAGGAAACAGAUGGCUGAGGAAGAAACAAAGAUAACUGACAAAGGCAAAGAAGAUAAGGAGAACAGGGACCAGAAUGCACAGUGUACUGCUUCUAAGACAAAUGACUCCACUGAACAGAACCUGUCAGAUGGGACCCCUAUGCCUGACAGCUACCCAACAACCCUGUCUUCAACUGAUGCAGCUACAUCUGAGUCCAAAGAGGCCAUUGGUACUCUGCAGCCCUCACAGCAGCAACCAGCACUCCCACCCCCACCAGCCUUAGAAGAAGUUCCUCAGGAACUGCAGUCCCCAGCUGGAGAAAGGGGAAACUCUACACAGCUAUUGAUGCCUGUAGAGUCGGAGGAAUUGGGCCCCACAAGGCCAAGUGGAGAAGCAGAAACAACUCAGAUGGAAUUAUCUCCAGCUCCCACUAUAACUUCUCUUUCCCCAGAGAGAGCUGAAGAUUCUGAUGCACUGACAGCUGUCAGCAGUCAACUAGAAGGAUCUCCCAUGGACACCAGCAGCCUGGCUUCUUGCACCCUAGAAGAGGCUGUGGGUGAUACCUCAGCAACUGGUAGCUCUGAGCAGCCCACAGCAGGUGGCUCUACUCCUGGGGAUGCUCUGCCUGUUGUGGCUGAAGUGCAAGGCAGGGCUGAUGGGACAGGUGAAUCUACCCAGCCACCUGAGGACAGCUCUCCCCCUGCUUCCUCUGAGAGUUCUUCCACCAGAGAUUCUGCUGUAGCCAUUUCUGGAGCAGAUUCCCGUGGAAUUCUAGAAGAGCCACUGCCUUCAACAAGCAGUGAAGAAGAAGAUCCCCUUGCUGGUAUCAGUCUCCCUGAAGGUGUAGACCCCUCUUUUCUGGCUGCUUUGCCUGAUGACAUCCGUCGGGAAGUCUUACAGAAUCAACUCGGCAUCCGUCCACCAACUCGAAGUGCCCCCUCCACAAAUAGCUCAGCUACCACAGUGGUGGGAAAUCCUGGUGUGACUGAAGUCAGCCCUGAGUUCCUGGCCGCUCUGCCUCCAGCCAUUCAGGAGGAAGUGCUAGCCCAGCAGAGAGCUGAACAACAGCGUCGGGAACUGGCCCAGAAUGCCAGCUCGGACACCCCCAUGGACCCUGUGACCUUCAUCCAGACUCUGCCCUCGGACCUACGUCGUAGUGUUCUAGAGGAUAUGGAAGACAGUGUGUUGGCUGUAAUGCCACCUGACAUUGCAGCUGAGGCCCAAGCUCUGAGAAGAGAACAGGAAGCACGGCAGAGGCAGCUCAUGCAUGAGCGGCUAUUUGGACACAGCAGCACUUCAGCACUCUCAGCUAUUCUCCGAAGUCCAGCUUUCACCAGUCGCCUGAGUGGCAACCGUGGUGUCCAGUACACUCGCCUUGCUGUGCAACGAGGUGGUACCUUCCAGAUGGGGGGUAGUAGUAGCCAUAACAGGCCUUCUGGCAGUAAUGUGGACACUCUCCUCCGCCUCCGAGGACGGCUUCUUCUGGACCACGAAGCCCUGUCUUGUCUCUUGGUCCUGCUUUUUGUGGAUGAGCCAAAGCUCAAUACUAGCCGCCUACACCGAGUACUGAGAAAUCUCUGCUAUCAUGCCCAAACCCGCCACUGGGUCAUUCGUAGCCUUCUGUCCAUUUUGCAACGCAGCAGUGAGAGUGAGUUAUGCAUUGAGACACCGAAGCUCUCCACCAGUGAGGAAAAGGGCAAAAAGUCAAGCAAGAGCUGUGGGUCCAGCAGUCAUGAGAACCGUCCCUUGGACCUUCUACACAAGAUGGAGUCCAAGAGCUCCAAUCAGCUUUCCUGGCUCUCAGUAUCCAUGGAUGCAGCCUUAGGCUGCAGGACUAAUAUAUUCCAGAUCCAGCGUUCGGGAGGGCGCAAACAUACAGAGAAGCAUGCAAGCAGUGGCUCUACAGUCCACAUCCACCCUCAGGCUGCUCCUGUUGUCUGCAGACAUGUUCUAGACACACUCAUUCAAUUGGCCAAGGUGUUUCCCAGCCACUUCACACAGCAGAGGACCAAAGAAACAAACUGUGAGAGCGAUCGGGAGAGGGGCAGUAAGCAGGCUUGCAGCCCAUGCUCCUCACAGACCACCAGCAGUGGCAUUUGUACAGACUUCUGGGACUUAUUGGUAAAACUGGACAACAUGAAUGUCAGCCGGAAAGGCAAAAACUCCGUGAAGUCAGCGCCAGUGAGCGCUGGUGCUGAGGGGGAAACAUCCCCAUAUAGCCUAGAAGCCUCUCCACUAGGGCAGCUCAUGAACAUGUUGUCGCACCCUGUCAUCCGCCGGAGCUCUCUCUUAACCGAGAAACUUCUCAGACUCCUGUCUCUCAUCUCAAUUGCUCUCCCAGAAAACAAAGUAUCAGAAGCACAGGCUAAUUCUAGCAACAGUGCUUCCUCUACCACUGCUGCCUCCUCAACCACUUCUACCAUCACCACCACCACCAUCACUGCCGCCGCCACACCUGCACCCCCUGCUGCAACCACCCCUGUUACUUCUGCCCCAGCUCUGGUUGCUGCCACAUCUAUUUCCACCACUGCAGUAGCUGCUUCAACCACAGUGACUACUCCCACAACUGCUACCACUACUGUUUCAACUUCAACUACUACUAAAGGCAGCAAAUCUCCAGCAAAGGUGGGUGAGGGAGGCAGCGGUGGUGCUGACUUCAAGAUGGUAUCCUCUGGUCUUACUGAAAACCAGCUACAGCUCUCUGUGGAGGUGUUAACGUCACACUCUUGUUCCGAAGAAGGCCUAGAGGAUGCAGCCAAUGUGUUACUGCAGCUCUCUCGUGGGGAUCCUGGAACCCGGGACACAGUUCUCAAGCUGCUACUGAAUGGGGCUCGUCAUCUGGGUUAUACGCUUUGUAAACAGAUAGGUACCCUGCUGGCUGAGCUACGGGAAUACAAUCUGGAACAGCAACGGCGAGCACAGUGUGAAACACUCUCUCCUGAUGGCCUACCUGAGGAACAGCCGCAGACUACCAAACUGAAAGGCAAAAUGCAGAGCAGGUUUGACAUGGCUGAGAAUGUGGUAAUUGUGGCAUCUCAGAAGCGACCCUUGGGUGGCCGGGAGCUCCAGCUGCCUUCUAUGUCCAUGUUGACAUCCAAGACAUCUACACAGAAGUUCUUCUUGAGGGUACUACAGGUCAUCAUCCAGCUCCGAGAUGACACCCGCCGAGCUAACAAGAAAGCCAAGCAGACAGGCAGGCUAGGUUCCUCCGGUUUAGGCUCAGCUAGCAGCAUCCAGGCAGCUGUUCGGCAGCUGGAGGCUGAGGCUGAUGCCAUUAUACAAAUGGUACGUGAGGGUCAAAGGGCGCGGAGACAGCAACAAGCAGCAACGUCGGAGUCUAGCCAGUCAGAGACAUCUGUCCGGAGGGAGGAGUCACCCAUGGAUGUGGACCAACCAUCUCCCAGUACUCAAGAUUCUCAGUCCAUUGUAUCCUCAGAUGGAACCCUACAGGGAGAGAAAGACAAAGAAGAGAGGCCACCUGAGUUACCCCUGCUCAGUGAGCAGCUCAGCCUAGAUGAGCUGUGGGACAUGCUGGGGGAGUGUUUAAAGGAACUGGAGGAAUCCCAUGAUCAGCAUGCGGUGCUAGUGCUUCAGCCUGCCGUUGAGGCUUUCUUUCUAGUCCAUGCCACAGAACGGGAGAGCAAGCCUCCUGUUCGAGACACCCGUGAGAGCCAGCUGGCACACAUCAAGGACGAGCCUCCUCCACUCUCUCCCGCCCCCUUAACCCCAGCCACUCCUUCCUCCCUUGACCCAUUCUUCUCCCGGGAGCCCUCAUCUAUGCACAUCUCCUCAAGCCUGCCUCCUGAUACACAGAAGUUCCUUCGCUUUGCAGAGACUCACCGCACUGUGUUGAAUCAGAUCCUACGGCAGUCUACCACCCAUCUUGCUGAUGGGCCUUUUGCUGUCCUAGUAGAUUAUAUUCGUGUCCUCGACUUUGAUGUGAAGCGCAAAUAUUUCCGCCAAGAGCUAGAGCGUUUGGACGAGGGGCUCCGGAAAGAAGACAUGGCUGUGCAUGUUCGCCGUGACCAUGUGUUUGAAGAUUCUUAUCGUGAGCUUCAUCGCAAAUCCCCUGAAGAAAUGAAGAAUCGAUUGUAUAUAGUGUUCGAAGGAGAAGAAGGACAGGAUGCUGGAGGGCUCCUGCGGGAGUGGUAUAUGAUCAUCUCUCGAGAGAUGUUUAACCCUAUGUAUGCCUUGUUCCGUACCUCACCUGGUGAUCGAGUCACCUACACCAUCAAUCCAUCUUCCCACUGCAACCCCAACCACCUCAGCUACUUCAAGUUUGUCGGACGCAUUGUGGCCAAAGCUGUAUAUGACAACCGCCUCUUAGAGUGCUACUUUACUCGCUCCUUCUACAAACACAUCUUGGGCAAGUCUGUCAGAUAUACGGAUAUGGAGAGUGAAGAUUACCACUUCUACCAGGGUCUAGUUUAUCUGCUGGAAAAUGAUGUUUCCACACUAGGCUAUGACCUCACCUUCAGCACUGAGGUCCAAGAGUUUGGAGUCUGUGAAGUUCGUGACCUCAAACCCAAUGGAGCCAACAUCUUGGUAACAGAGGAGAAUAAGAAGGAGUAUGUACACCUGGUAUGCCAGAUGAGAAUGACAGGAGCUAUUCGCAAACAGCUGGCAGCUUUCUUAGAAGGUUUCUAUGAGAUCAUUCCAAAGCGCCUCAUUUCCAUCUUCACGGAACAAGAAUUGGAGCUGCUCAUAUCAGGACUGCCCACCAUCGACAUUGAUGAUCUGAAAUCCAACACUGAAUACCACAAGUACCAGUCCAACUCUAUUCAGAUCCAGUGGUUCUGGAGAGCACUACGUUCUUUUGACCAAGCUGACCGUGCCAAGUUCCUGCAGUUUGUCACGGGUACUUCCAAGGUGCCCCUACAAGGCUUUGCUGCCCUUGAAGGUAUGAAUGGCAUUCAGAAAUUUCAGAUCCAUCGAGAUGACAGGUCCACAGAUCGCCUGCCUUCAGCUCACACAUGUUUCAAUCAGCUGGACCUGCCUGCCUAUGAGAGCUUUGAGAAGCUCCGCCACAUGUUACUUUUGGCUAUCCAGGAGUGCUCUGAAGGUUUUGGGCUGGCCUAAUAAAGCCCUACCCGCCUCUGUGGGGUUUUUCUACCGUUGUUGGACCUGGGGAGGGGGGACAUUUAAAAAGAACCAGAAAGAAAACUGUCAAAACCAAUAAAUGAAAUCCAUCAACUCACCAUGUGUGUGUCCCAGCUGCCCCACCUUCCCCAGCACAUACCUGUUUCCCUUUUCCUGCUCAUUCUCUUUUCCCCACCUUCCCUUUCCUUGCUGUCCAUGAUCCCCACCCCAUGUGUUUCAAAGGCAAUAGCCUUUGCAGGGACCUGUUUGUCCCAACUGUUUGAACAGUGUGCUCCUCAGAUUCUGUGUUCAGAAGGAUUUGCUGCAUUGAGACUUGAAACCUUUGGAUAGGGGAAAAAAUUAUAUAUAUAUAUAUUUUUUUGUUCUGUUUGCAUUUCUUAAUUUGUGCUUGGAAUGUGUUGAUGUGCACAGCUAAUGAUUCAAUGCGAGACAAGAUUGGCGUCUGUGUUGUGGAGGUUUCAAAUAAAGAGCACUCUUCAUAACUCA